UGAGUGGCUGACAGAUAAGUAGAGCAGGGGUCUUUGCUUGUGUCAGUGGAAGUUGUUGUGUCUCUGCUGUGACCACGUGUGCCGGAAAAGCCUGAAACCGUUGCAAGACUGAUUGGAAAGUUUCAGUAAGUCUGCCUCUGUUUGUUGUGUUUGUUGACAGCUGUCCAACUGGAAAUGGAGCCCUUUCCUGACCAGUUCACGGAGUUCCACCCGAUCCAUGGUACCAAUGUCAGACUGGACCACUCAGGGACUAAGGCCACCAGGGUGGAGAGCUUUGCAAACGGAGUGUGUUUCAGCAAACACCCUCUGAGGCCUGGGGAGAUUUUUCUCAUAGAGAUCGAGGAUAAGGAGCUGGGCUGGUGUGGCCACCUGCGGGUCGGCUUGACCGCCAGGGACCCCGGGAGCUUAGACGUGGUACCUGAAUACUCCAUCCCGGACCUGACAGACUCAGGGGACAGCUGGGUAUUUGCCAUCACUCGCAACCACAACAAGAUCAUAGAGGAUCCUGAAGCGGAGGCUCAAGAGGCUGGAGAUGGAGGACUGGGUGGGGGUCAGAGGCUUGGACGAGGGGAGGUUGAAGAUGGAGUUGGAGGUGGUGAGAGAGAUGAAGGAGGAGGCAACAUAAGCAAACCAAAGACUUUUUUCACUGACUCUCACUUGCACAUUGGGGAUGUUCGCAUCCCCAGAGACAAGCUGGUCGGUCGGAGCAGGCCCGGACGCUACAGCCACAUAUUGGACGACUUGUAUAAGACCAACGCUCUGCCUCCCACAGCCAGACGCAGCCGCAUCGGAGUACUGUAUGUGCCUAAAGGGCGAGGCCUGGCUGACAUGCACAUUAUCAUCAAUGGUGAGGACAUGGGAGCGUCUGCAAAGGGGAUCCCCUCCAUCCAGCCUCUGCACGCUGUGGUGGACGUCUUUGCUGCUACUAAGUGUGUCCAGAUUGUCCAGGUGGAGUAUGGAUUCUCGUCGUUGCAGACGUUAUGUAGGAAGGCCAUCCAGAAGCACAUUGUCCACAGGAUGGCGAUCGAUUGGCUGGAGCUGCCAGAGGCACUUAAGCACUACUGCAAGUAUGAAUAAAGGAUACAGCCCUGCCAUGGACAGAAACACAAUAUCUGAACUCUCUUCCAGUUUUUAACCUGCCAGACACUGAUAGCGCUGACAUCAUUUGUCUGUAAUGACAACUGCUAUCUAAAAUAAAUUCACGGUAUUUGUUA